AUGGGGUCUGUCUCCGCAAACAGCGACGAAGCGAACCUUAUGAGAUGUGACUACAAGAAAGGUGACGAAGCUGCUCUUGCUGUUACCAUUACUAACACCAAUGUUACCAUUGACCACUGCUGUCUCCUCACUGGUUUGGCCCCAAUUCAAGUGUUAACGCCACCUGAAAUCCACACACCAUUCGGCGAUGGUGGCGGAUCCAAGGUUGUGUGCCAGCAGGUAGAUUGGCGUUACAUUUUCUGCCGAAAUUGCGAUGCUGCCCGUGUACGCGUAGUUGAUGGCAGCCUCGACAAUACUGAAUGGAAGCUAACAAUGGCGAAAAUCGCCUUCACUGGACUGCGAUUUCACCGCAUUGAGAGGCUAAUUGUUUCAUCAAAAUUGGGAACGUGGCUGCUACUACCAGUCGGUGUGCCUCCACAGGAGGAAGAUACCACUGUGUUGACUGACGGGACUGGUCUAACUUCCUCACCUUCUGGUAUUCAGCGUUGUGCUCUCACUACAAUGGCUUACAGUGUGCCUCCCGGUGGAAAGAUGAAUGUGGGCAUUUGCGAAUACAAAGUUGAGUGGAUUGCGCUAAAGCGGUGGAGUAGUGAAGUGCGGACUGCUCGUGGACACCAGUAG